CUUGUCUCUCUGUUGCUGCACUGGAUCUGAAGACCAUGUCUCGCAGUAAGAAGAUCUCGGUCGCUGUCCUGGGAAUUGAAGACUCUUUGAAGAAAAACUUAAUAACCAGCAUCCUAGGGACAGACUUAUCUCAGCUGCCCAAAAACAAUGUUCUGAAAGAAACUGAGAUAUAUGAAAAUGAUAAGUAUAUGGUCACAUGUACACCAGACUUGUACAAACAAUGUGAUGACAUAAAACAGCUAUUUGCUAUUAAUAGACAACCAGACAUGGUCUUCUUGGUGGUAGAGGAAGGGUUUUCAACAGAAGAGGUGUGGAAGCAGGUAGACAGUCUGCACAAAACAACUGGAAAACCGACAGAGGAUUUCAUAGUUGUGCUGCCCCUUAGCAAUGAAAAGAAAAACUCUUACCCAUUCCGAUGCUACACCUUGGAUCAGGUUUUCAGCAAACUGAAGCAACUGGCUGAAGAGAGACAACAGCCCACCAACCAGAGUGAUGCUGACCAUCCUGAGUCAUCAAACAACUCAACAGGAGAGCACUCUGGCACCGAAGUGAACCUUGUUCUGCUGGGAAUGACCGGGGCCGGAAAGAGUGCAAGUGGAAACACAAUCCUCGGAGAGAAUUGGUUCAAUUCCAAAGCCAGUUCAAUUCCGUUCACUACUGAGUGUCAGGAGGCAGAAACUGAGAUAGGAGGUAGACGUGUCCGUGUCAUUGAUACCCCCGACAUCUUUGAUGAAAACAGAAAGUCAUCAAAUAAGGAUCAUGUGAGAAAGUGCAAAGAUCUCUGUCAGUCAGGGCCUUGUGUGUACCUACUUGUGAUUCAUGUUAGCAGAUUUACAGACGGAGAGAGAAAGAUACUGAAAAAGUUGGAAACAGCUUUUGGCAGAGAAGUUGUAAAACAAACAGUCGUCCUGUUCACACGUGGGGGAGAUCUGCAGCAUGGAGGGAUGAGCUUUAAGGCUUUUCUGCGUGGCUGUCAGCCUGAUCUCAAGAAGAUAGUUGAGAAGUGUGGAGGAAGGUGUGUUGUCUUUGAGAACAGCACCUCGGGUUCAGAUCAAGUGGAAGAGCUGAUGCAGAUAGUGGACAGGAUGUUAACAGAAAGAAAGAAGAAUGUGCACGUAUCAGGUCAGGUGCGUAAAGGACAGGGAUGUAAUUCUUCUUCCGUCUAGAAGGACAGGCUACUUGGGAUAUGAUUCAAUACCUUGAAGUGGUUAAAUAUACUUUGAUUAUACUUUACUUUC